AUGUCUCGUGCUUCCUCAGUCAGAUCAACUUCUCUUACUGAAGAACUUGAUAAACUAGAACAAUCAAUUACCUUAACGCUCCAAGAAAUCGACCAAAACUUCAGUCGUGCUCAUCAAGUAGUAACUUCGAGUAUUCUUCCAAUCGUCGAAAAAUAUUCCGAACACUCAUCAGCUGUGUGGGAAGGAUCCAAGUUUUGGAAACAGUUCUUCGAAGCCAGUGCCAAUGUCUCUCUCUCUGGAAUUGAAGAGCAGGAAAAUGGAGAAGUUCCAUUAAGUGUUAGAUCGCAAGAUUAUCCGAACUCAUAUGCCGGCUCUUCUUCUGAGAAUGAUGAUACCACGAUUAAUGCAACAGAAGAACUUGCCUCUAUACACCAAUCAGAAGAUUCUAUUUUAGAUAAUCCAGAAAUAACUGGCAGCACUCCGAGGGCUCCGCAACAAUACAAGACUAACGAGAAUCUUUCAAUAGUAGAUAACUUGGCGACUACCAAUCUCUCCAAAAUUGAGCCAACUUUUGUUAAAAUGGGAACUUUUGAUGAGAAAAGCUUACCAAAAACACCAAACGCUAAAGCUACAGUACCAUAUAAAUCAACGGUUCCUGCUCCAUCACCGUUUGACUUUAAUGGCCUUCCACUCCUCAAGCCUUCCGCUGAUCCUAUAUUACAUCGGAUACUUGACAAAAACUACCGCUUACAAGUAACGCCUCAUAAGUCAUACGAUCAGAAAAGACCAACAAUAUCCCAGCCCAUUCGAAGUAGCAUGGAGUCUCCCAUGUCUUCUCCGCUAGAUAUUGCGCCACAACUCCACCUCGAUCUUUUCAGUUCUCCUAUCAAACCAGCUGCUAGUAAAUCUAAUGCUCCCAGAACGCCUGGUAUUAGUGUUCAAACACCUGCAAAGGGAAGAGCAGAAAACCUCACUUUUCAACAAAUGCGGAAUGAAGAGAUCAGCUGGGAAAGUGAUAGUGAGGAAGACGCCGAAGGUGUCUAUCGAGAGCUUGGUAUGAGUCCGCCGAAGACAAUACAGUUUAAUUUACCUACAUCAAGACUUCUUCAGACCCCAGCACGAGAGGCAAGUCAACGUAUUGUCCAUGACUUACUGGCCAUGGCUGGUGCUGAGUCCAAUGACUCAAGCAUGGAAUAUAGUCCUAAUAUUGUAGCUAAGAGAGAAAUUGAGGAUGCUUUUUAA